UCCCCAAGUGUAAAGUAACCAAUUUGCUCUGUUGUACAUCGUAACCAGUGAAGGCUCUCAAGCUCCACAGCUUUCCAAGAUGCACUUUCCCAAUGGCCAUUAAGGUCUAGGAGGAUUAAGCAAGCAGAAACUGUUUUAAUGGAAAUCACACACUGUUAUUUAUGCUCACAAGGAUACUGCAAAUUACAUUAAAUCAUUAGAUCCUAACACAGAAGUAAGAGAGACUUCCGGCAACUUGGGAUUUCAAAAAGGUUUACGCCACUGUCUGGUUUGAAAAACAACAGAACCAUAGAAAAUUCUACAAAAGAUGAAAGACCGCCUUCAAGAGCUUAAAUUGCGAGCAAAGGAACUACAAUUACUGGAAGAAAACAGCCGUGUUCCUAGUGUUGUGGCAGAGGAACAAGAAGAACUUGAACAAACUGCUGUCAUUUUUGAAAAGGAGCCCACAACAGAAAGGUACCUGAAUGAAAUCCAGCAGCUUCACAAUGAUAUUAACAAUUUGGCAGUAGAUGUUCAAAAGUUUAGCCAGCAGCAAAAAAGUCUGGUGGCUUCCAUGAGAAGAUUCAGUAUGCUUAAAAAGGAGUGUAGUAUCACAAGAGGGAUAAAAGUUCAAGCAGAACACAUCAGCAAGUGCUUGGAUGACUUGUCAAAAACACUGAAGAAAGCAGAGAAAGAACAUGGUUCAUCAUCUGCCAUUAUAAGAGUUCUCAGCUCUCAGCGGGCAGUUCUGUUCCGUCGCUUCCAAAAUAUCAUGUUUCUAUACAACGAUGCCAUAACUGCAAAGCAAGAAAAAUGCAAGGCUUUUAUUGUGCGCCAGCUUGAAGUAGCUGGAAAAGAGGUAUCUGAGGAAGAAGUGAAUGAUAUGGUUCAACAAGGAAAAUGGGAAAUCUUCAACGAAAACUUGCUCACUGAGGUCAAUAUCACGAAAGCUCAACUAUCUGAGAUUGAACAGAGACACAAAGAACUGGUCAACCUGGAGAACCAGGUGAAAGACUUAAAGGGCCUCUUUGUCCAAAUCUUACUUCUGGUAGAAGAGCAAGGUGAAAUGAUCAACAACAUUGAAAAGGAAGUUGUUAAUACGCAGGACUACGUUCAGACAACAAGAGAAAAGUUCAGGCUGGCAGCCAAGUAUCGAAAGAAGAAUCCUUGCAGAGUAUUAUGCUGUUGGUGCUGCCCCUGCUGCAAAUAGGGGCGGGGGGGGUCUAGGCAGUUAAAUAUUAUUUGCAGUAUCCCUGAUCCAUCAUGUAAUGACCAGAGGUAGCCCUGCUGCAAGAAAGGGGGGAAAUAGCUGCACUGUCGGGCAAAUCCACAGUUUUGUCCACUGUUUUUCUUUUCUUUCACAUGUCCUGAAUGCUACAAAGUGCCCUAUGGCACCACUUUAAGACCUAGCAAAGGACUCCUUUACUAUAAUAGUGAAGAGCGGGAAUACGCUACCUCUUUCAAGUAUUAGUUGUUUAAAAGGGUAGAAGAGAGUGCUGGGUGCAAAAGGACUGUGUUACCAGUGACAGUUCAUCAAUGGUGUCACAGGAACUAGUCAAACAGGUGCUUGCGACAACAAGCACAGCUACAUUCCACACAACACUCGCCUUCACGUUCGAUUCACUUCCUCGGGAAAUGACUGUACGCUCGUAGCAAUUUUAUUCGGCAGUUUGGAUGAAGGAAAACUGCAAGUCCACUAUUAUAAAUGCUAGAAUGCUAUCAUCUUGAAAGUGCUCAGAAAAUUAAUAAUGACUGUACGUUCCCCCUGUGAAAACAGGUUGUCUAGGUGCAAAAGGUUUGAAUUAAUUUGUGACUCUGGUAUUUGACAAAAUACUAGCUGAAGGAAGGGAAACAACAUGUUUAGUAAUAAAAGCUACAGUAAUAAAGGUUAAAGGAGAGGGGAGGAAGUUACAAAAACAUUAUAUGCAUAAAGUCUUCAAGAACACAGUAAAGAAUAUAGCUUUUAUAUGUUACAUUUUUGUUCUGUGUCAUUGUAGAAUUCUGUGUAAAUGUAGCAGUUCCAGGAUAUUUUGGAAAAUGUGCCUCUGUAACCAAGGUCCUCGUUUAUACUUUCAACACAUACAAAAAUCCUCAGUAUAUACAGUGUUUUUAAAAACAAGCUGGUGUAAAGGCAUAUUUGUUAUUCCAAAAGAAAAAUUAUUCUAGCAGCAGAGCUCUUGUGUGUAUCUUCAACAAGUGUUAGCAGUGCAGGUUACUUAAUUUCAUCUUUGAGGCGAGGGCAAAAAGCAAUGUGCAAAAUAUGUAUUUUUUAAAAAUAGGGCUGCUUCAUACAUUAUACCAGGGACAAAUGCAUUCUGGUACAGAAUGCGGCAGCUCGUCUGAUUAAAGGCAGCUGCCGGCAAGAUCACAUCACUCCAGUGCUGAAGGAGUUGCACUGGCUACCGGUUGUUUACCGGGCCCAAUUCAAGGUGUUGGUUUUGACCUUUAAAACCCUAUACGGUUUUAGCCCAGUCUAUCUGAAGGAGCGCCUCCAGCAUCGUCAGGGAUGCCGCUCAACAAGAUCAGCCUCAGAAGACCUUCUCUUGAUCCCACCGGUUAAAACAGCUAGACUGGUGAGGACUAGAGAGAGGGCUUUUUCAAUAGUGGCCCCCACCCUGUGGAACUCUCUCCCAAAUGAUCUCCGCCAUGCCCCUUCUAUGAUGAGCUUCCGCUGGGCCUUGAAGACCUGGCUCUUCAGGCAGGCUUUUGGGGUGGGUUAGGUUUUUAUUGUUAUGGUUUUAAAUGU